CGUAAAUUCUAUGCGCCGGCGGAUUGUUUUGAACAGAUUUUAAAUAAAUCUGUAAACAGUUACCAAUUCUACCGAAAAUACUUAAUAAUUUAACUUUUAUGCAUUAUAUCUAGAUAUUUUUAAACGUUUCCUAGUGCGAGUUCUAGCGUUUUAUCGAUUUAUAUUACGAGAAACGAUGACACACACACUUUGAAGAAAAUCAAUAAUACAACUACCAUGAACUAAAAACUACAAAAUAAAGUAGUAAUUUAACGAAAAAUGUUGCCGGACCCUGAAGAUUUUAAUAAUAUAUUUCAUGAAGCUUAUAAAGUUCUUCCAGAACAUGCAAAAAAGCGCCUGGAAUGGAAACGCCUAAAAAAGAAGUCAGUAAAAGCCCGUUACAAACAGAAAAAUAAAUUCGAUUCGCAAUGUGAAAAUGAUCUGCAACUGGCACCCGAAAUCGAACUCCCCGGAAACGCAUCUGCUUUUGCCGUAUUUGCUUCAAUACGUUUGGCAGUACUGGAUAGAUGGAUGAAACAAGCCAGUCAAGAAUACCUAAAUAGUAGCUGUAGCGCACCUUCCCAAGAUCAAAGUGAAAUCGAAAGCGAUACUGAAGACAAUUCCCAAAGUACUUGCUAUACUGCGAUUAAAGUCUCUAAAAUAGUUGGUCUUGGUUUGAGAUCUGUCUUCGAGUUAAUCAAAGAAAGCCGCAUUACACAUCCAGUAUUGUGCACGAAAGCAUUAACUGCGUUGUUAGAUGUUCUGCAAGGACAAGCUCCGGAAGCAUUGAAAUGCGAACCUCCAGAUGUAAUCGAUUCUCUCUUUGAGUUACUGUUAGACUUAGCUACUCUCCACGGUCCUGAAAGCUUCGUUCCAAAUGAUGGAAGUCACUUUACAGCAGUAGCUUGUGCUUGUUUAUUAUCAUUGGUUGUCGUCAAAGGAGACACUGGAAAAUACCUUUCUGCAUCUGCAGCUUUAUUGAUGUGCCCAAGGGCCUUAUCUCUGCAGAAUAUUCAGAUGCCUGCCGUACUAUCUUCACUACAGAAAAGUGUGCAUGGCGUACUCUUAGGCAAAACGAUCAGACCAGACUGGAUAACCCAUGGUGUACCCAAUGUUGCCAAAAUCAACUCAUUCCACGUUAAAUUUCCUAGUGAAUUAAAUACUAGUCAAAUCAAAGUAAAAUCUUUGGCGUAUGAUGGACAGUAUUUAUACCUUUUCACCUCGAAGGGUUUGUUGAAAGUUGGUAGUGGAUAUGGUGGUACAUUGAAAGGAUAUGUUGUGCUAUGGAAACCCGAUUUCUAUCCAAAUGAAAGUGGAAGUUUGGUGUUUUGCAAUGGUAAUCUAUAUUUAAAAUUAAUCGGCAGAAGAGGUGGAGAAUUUCUGAUAGUGGAGAGAUCCAACCUAUUAAUAUCUGGAUCAGUUCCUCUCCACAACAGAGACUCAUCUGCGACUGUUGUCUUUUCGGAUGGCGACUAUUUAGGAGUAAUAUCGCCAGCUAAAGAUGAUGGCUUUGUUGUAAGGAUGCUUAAUCAGAAUAUAUCACCAGCAUCAUUGGUCAGUGAAUUGCCACUAAAGCUCGCAAGGAAAUGCGUAGACGUUUUUGGGGUUUCUUCAUUUGAUGAAGAAAACGGAACGUACACGGUGAAUACGGGCAGCGAGGAAGAGAUCAUAACUAUAUGUACUGGAAAGGAGUUCGGUUUGAUUAGAACUAUCACGGGAAAGGUCUUAUAUUGCGGUAAAUCUUCAGCUCUUGGAAUAAAACAAUCGGGCGUUAGAACGGGAAAAUGGUCUGAAUUGAUAAUUACAAAAGCUCCAAAAAUCAACCAGGUUGCCAUUGGACAUGAUGGUCUGCACGCAGUUCUUUUGACAGAUGAUGGGUCUGUAUUUUUUACAGGUACAGCUCGAAGAGGAGAAGACGGCGACCAAAACAAAAUUCGUCGUCAACCUAAACCUGUCAAACCGAAGAAGAUGAUCAAAGUAGACGGUCAACACAUCGUCUAUGUAGCUUGCAACAAUGGCACAACAGCGCUUAUAAACAAAGAAGGAGAGCUGCUGAUGUUCGGCAAGGACACCACACACGCAGAUCCAGUGACAGGAAUUGUAGGACUUUUGAAAGGGGAGUUUGUUACUCAAGUGGCGUUGGGAAAAGCUCACGCAGUUACGCUGACUAACAAAGGACAUAUCUACACUUUCGGGAUUAAUAAUAAAUUCCAGUGUGGGAGGGAAUUUAAUAUGGCGAAGGAAGAAAACUCGUCCAAUGUUGUUGCCAUGGACACUUGCGGUGUUCAAGAAGAGCAAGAUUUGAUAGACGAAAUUCAGUCAGAAAAUCAAAAGGAAAGCGAAAAUAUUCCCGGAGUAUCUGAUUUGAAUAUGGGGGAAUCACAUAACAUAUGUCCUCCUGGCAUGCACGCUUGGCAUGACGAUAUGUGUAUGAUUUGUACCGUUUGCAGAGAAUGUACUGGGUACUCCAUCAGUUGUUUAUCAUCUAUUAGUGCUGAUCGAAAUCCUGGACAGGAAUGCGGAUGUGGAGAAGGUGACAGCGGUUGCAGUAUAUGCGGAUGCUGUAGGAUUUGCGCUAGGGAAGUAGUAGAUAAUUCUGAAUUAGCCGAUUUGGCGGGAAUGAUGAGAUUGGACUUGAUAUUUAGAGAAAAAGCUGUUAUACCACCGAGACAAAGAACCAAACUACAAGAGCAAUUGCAGAGUCGUUUAGAAGAAAGGAAAAAUAAGAGCAAGAAGUCAGUACAAAGUUGCAGUAAACAAUCACUGAAAGCCAAAUCGUCGAGACCAGCUAUUAAUUCGUCCACUGCGCAUAGAUUAAAUAAUAGUGUUAGACAAAAUAAUGUCUUACAAUCAGUUAAAGAACAACAGGGAUCCGAUGUUGAAAGAGACGCUGCCAGAAUAUCAUGUCUACCUCCAUCUAAGUUGACUUUGCCUAGCGAUAGCCCUGUGAUACAGAUAUCUUGUGGUCUACAUCAUAGUAUAGUACUGCUACAAAACGGGCAGGUAUACACAUUUGGUUCCAAUCUUAACGGACAACUUGGAUGUGGUGACAUACUAACCAAAAGUAGUGUACAGCUAAUAAGAUUGCCAUGUAGUGCAAUACAAGUAGCAGCUGGCAGUAACCAUUCGGUAGUAUUAACAUCUAAAGGAGAAGUGUAUACUUUCGGCAAUGCUCAGAAAGGACAGCUAGGAAGAACUCCUAACAACGUUUCGUCACAAGAUGUUACUCAGCCAGGAAACAGCUCAUCAUCUCGGUUUUCCAAUCCCAGGACUCCUUGGUAUAGCUUCCCUGGGUUAAUACCAAAUAUUGGCCCAAGACAUGGCCGUAGAGCAACUUGGGUGGGAGCAUCAGGAGACCAAACAUUCCUUAAAUUGGAUGAAAGUCUCAUCAAUUCCGUUAGUAUAUCGAAAUCGACAGUAACGGCAAAUAAGUGUUCAAUCGUGUUACUUCCUAAUGAAGAAGAAACUGCGAAGAAUUUUAAAUGCCUAGUCAUUAACAAAAGAGAUGGAAAUUGCAACUCGUUUAAAUCGGCCGACCAAGUCGAUUUCAGUAACAAAAUCGUUUGCAUGGAUCCCAUCUACAACGUUCUGUGGUCUUACAGUGUUAUGAAUAACGAAUUUACUGCGUAUAAUGUCAUAGCUGCAGAACUACAGACUUUAAAGAACGUUAACAAACCUGAAGGAAAAUAUUUAAGCGAAAUUAGAAAUAUAAAAGAUGCCAAAAAUGUUGACAGAAACAUGCAGUUGUCUUCGAUUCUUUCGCCUGAGCUAGCUUUGCCUGUCACCACAAACUGUUAUGUCACGCGAUUUCAAGCAGCUAUCAAUCUUCUAUGUUGCUUGGAUAUUUUAACAAUGUCUCAUGAUCUACAGAUAACAGCUAUAAAUGAAACUGUCGAUGAAAGGUGUCAGAUGACAGGCAAGCAAUAUUCCAAAGAAGACUUCCAAGCAGUUAACAGAUUCGAAAGCCACGGUGGAGGAUGGGGAUAUUCCGGACAUAGUAUUGAGGCGAUUCGAUUUAUGGCCGACACAGACAUAUUACUUGGGGGAUUCGGCUUGUUUGGAGGUAGAGGAGAGUAUACUGCUAAGUUGAAACUAUUAGAUAUUGGACCGGAAGGUGGAGAGCAGGAAAUCGAUGGCGAGUUGUUGGCUGAAACUGAAGAAAUUCCCUAUGAAUGUGGACCUCGACAGAAGUUUCCUAUCUUAUUUGAUGAACCAGUAUCACUACAGGCCCAUCGCUGGUACGUGGCCUGGUGUCGCAUCAGUGGCCCUAGCAGCGACUGCGGAUCCUCUGGCCAAACUAUGGUUACAACAGAAGAUCAAAUCCUCUUCUAUUUCAAAUCAUCCAAGAAAUCGAACAACGGCACAGACGUGAACGCUGGUCAGAUUCCACAACUUCUUUAUAAAAUAGUAACGCCAGACAAUCAAUCUUCUCCAAGACAAAGUGACAUUAGCGAACCGAUUCACAUAUUAUCUAAAGAUUUUUCAAGAACUGUCACAAGGGAAUGCUUCCAGAGUUUACUUUCUCUGUUGCAGUGGUCAUGGAAUACGUUUAAAUGGGGCAUCGUGGAAGGGCACAAUCAUAAAGUAUCUUACACCAGUUUGGAACUGGAGAGACUGGUUUACAUUAGCAGAGCUAGCUUACGCUUAAUAUGUACUUAUACCAAUGAGAUAUAUCCUCGACAUAUUAACAAGAAAAUGUCAUUGGAAAACGUCCAGCUAGCCGAGUGUAUAGGGGAAGUUAGAACGCUACUAAAGCAAAUUUUGUCUGAUAACAUCCCGAUAGUUAUGCAGAAUAAGAAGUCUAGCAGAAGCAAUACUAUGAGCAUUAGUUUGAUGAACAAUGUUCUGGAUGAAUGUCAUAAUACAUUCGUGUCAUGUUUUCAUGCUUUCUAUCCAACAGCACAUUUAAAGUGGACCUGUUUGUGUGACCUGCUUAGCGAAUGCAAUAAGGACAAUGGACAACACAUUUAUAACAACAGCCAGAGAUUACUGAGCGCAGUACUCUGUGCUCUUUGUGCGCCCACUGUCAGAUUAAGAAGUACCUUCCCACUAAUUGGACAAAGCAUUUGCUCGGAAAGUAGCUUACAUAGAGGCCUAAGUCCUUCUGAUAACACCGGACUACCGAUGAUGAGUAAUUCGGACUCACAUCAUUAUCCAAUUUUGGUGGAACAAAUGAGCUACAAGAGUCAGGUGGAAUCUACCUCCAGUAAUAUUUCAUGGCAAUGGUGUGAUGUAUUGGAAUGCCUCAUAACAUUGGCUUCAAACCCGGUUGUAAGAAGUUUGCACAAAAGUACAACUUUGUCAUCUUCGGAUUUAUCAAAGUUCUGUUGUCAUUUGCUAGCGAGAGUAUUAGCCGAAUUGGUACAUCAGUGUAGCGCUUCUGAAGAGGAUCUUCAAGGAAAUUACGGAAGAAUUUUACAUAUGACGCCGUCUCGGUUUACUAGAACCAAUCAAUCUAGAACUUGGAAUACUGGUAAUGGUUCACCUGAUGCAAUUUGUUUUCAAGUUGAUCGUCCUGGAAUAUCGAUAAUUGGAGUAGGUGUUUACGGUGGUAUUGGUCAUUACGAAUAUGAACUCGAGCUUUUGGAAGAUACAACCUCUCUAAAUACUGUGGAUUGCCAUGCUCAUUCCCACCGUUGGAACAGCUUGGAAGUUACUAGAGGAUCCUUUGGUCCAGAAGAUUUUCCUCCAGAUAUUAUUGAAAUCAAAUUUGACAGAGCAAUCUCAGUUAAGGAAAACAUUAAAUAUGCCGUACGAUUACGAAAUCAUGGAGGAAGAACUAACAAUGGAGAUGGUGGAUUAAAUUCUAUUAAGGGAUCGGAUAAUACCAUUUUCACAUUUUCUACGUGUUCCUUGAGUUUUAAUGGUACAACUCUUACUAGAGGCCAAAUUCCAAUUAUUUUAUAUUACAGUAAUCCUUUGGAAAGUGGAAGAGCCGCUACCACAAAAUUGGAACAACAAGCUCGAAUUGCAGCUUUGUCAAUGACUAGUGCUAUUAUUCAAAAGGCCAGUAACUUGCUUGUAUCAGCAAGAGAAAAGGCUGAGGAGGUUCCAUCAGCAGAGAUCCUUAGUAAAUCUUGUAUAGUAACAACUCUUUUACCACUGGUUUUGGCGCAUAUAAGUCCUCUGGUAACUAGCGAUUCGAAGAGUGCAGUUCAUAUUCUGAACCUAAUUCAGGAGUUACUCCCACAUGUGGCAGCCUUAAAUCUAAUGGGUACACCUUGUGGUGCUAUAAAAUCUGCUUCAAACCUUAGCACAUCUUCAAACCACGAGAGUUUAGAUCACAAAAUCGAAACCACUAGCCAUCAUUAUACUCUGGUAGAGAGUGAACAUCCUUAUAAACCAGCGACGGUUUCGAAUUACAGAGUGCAGUUUCCGGAAAGCGUAAAAUGGAUGAGUUUGGAGUUUGAUCCCGCUUGCUCCACCGUUCAACCGGAGGAUUCCCUCCAGUUAUUCGUACCAGCUAAAAAUUGUCCAAACGAUAAAAAUCAAGCUAUACUUAUCGAUGAUGGAGACUCUCCACCGAUGCCGUACUGGCCAGUUCUACAUAAAUUCAGUGGAAGUUUGCAGUGGCCUACCAACUCGGUAACUCUACCUGGAAAUGAAGUUUUGUUUUCGCUGGAAACUGCAUCUGAUUAUCUGAAAGACGAACGUCUCUGUGCCUACGGCUUCAAGUGUCUGGUGAUCGGGUAUGAGUGGCCUCAGGAUAAUUUUCAAAAUCUGAACGAACUAAAACAUUUGGAAGGUGAAUUGGCGUUUCUGGGAGGAAUGUGUGCCGCAAGUCUAAUGAAAAAGGAUAUUCUGUUUCCGCUAAAUGGAGAUGAAGCUGACGUUGACAUGGAAGUUGCUGAGAACGUAGCCUCUGAUAUCUUUUCCAAACACGGAUCACUUCUGUCCAAAGGAUUGGCCCUUAGUUCACCUCCUACGGUUCAACAAGCUUUGGACGGUAUGCUGCCCUACAGUGUUCAUUCCAACGAAAAACUAUUCCUUAGAGAUUUUGUCAACUGUGUGGCUGGUUCCAGUGGUGGCCGUCUAGCUCAAUGGUUACAACCAGGAAGUAGAGUGGAUCCAACCAAAUGCCAAGUGGUUUAUUCGAGAGAAGAUUUGCGAUGCGGAUGGCCUGCUAUUAUUAUGGUUCUCACUAGAGACCAAUAUGGAGACAUGGUGUUCGUACCAAACAUGAAGGUGGAAGUAAAGGCAAUACCGAUAGAUAAGAAGGAAAUUGGAGAUGGAGACGUAGGUCGAAAAAUGAGAAGAAUCAGCCAACCGGAUUUAAUGACGUAUGGAGGAUUACCACCUCCUCCUUUACACCUUCCUUAUGAACCCACCAUUAGAGAUAAAAUGUGUUUCCAUUCCAUUACAGUGAUGAAGCCGUUCCAAAACUAUUCAUUCGAAGAGUUGCGGUAUACUUCUCCCCCCAUUAAACGUUCAGGCGAAAACAUGUUGGUACGAUCCAAUUCCGAUGGGUCUUACAAUGCUACAUGGACUCCUGCUUCAAUCGGCUGCUAUUCCAUUUUGGUCAAUAUUGACGGAUAUGACAUGGAAGAGAUAUUUAAAGUUGAAGUAAAGGAGCCACCCCAGGGGAUGACACCUCCGAAUCAAAAUUUGUCGAAAAAAUCUCAACAUCAACCCAGCAAGUUACGAAAAUUCGUUGCCAAGAAUUCUGCAGGACUAAGAAUUCGAGCGCACCCUUCUUUACAAAGCGAACAAAUUGGAAUUGUCCAUGUUAAUGGAACUAUCGCAUUUAUUGACGAGAUACAUAAUGACGAUGGUGUAUGGCUUCGAUUGUCUGUGGAAACUAUAAAGCAAUACUGCAACAUAAGUACAACAGAAGCGUGGUGCUUGCAGUAUAAUCAACACCUAGGAAAAACUCUUCUCUUGCCCGUGGAAGAACCAAAAACUACGCUUGACUCGGUGAGGAAAGCACCAGAUCUUCAAGACAGGCAUAAAACACCAAACUUGAAUAUUAACUACCAAGUAAUUAAAUGUGGAGCUUCUGGCCAUAACGUCCGCAGCCGACCAAGUUUUAAAGCCACGCCAGUCGGAAUGUUGGCACUCGGAAACAGAAUCGGGAUAUCGGAAUACACUGUCAACUCAGAUGGAUGUUGGGUGAAACUAGAUAAGCCAACAAAAGAGAAGUAUUGCUUCAGCGCAGAAACCGAGGCUUGGUCAUUAGCGGUUGGUCACAACAACGUGUUGUAUCUUGGGAAUGUCAGCGAUUGUGAAGGUAGUCCCAAAUUAACUUCUGAGGAUAGUUCACGAAAACAAAAAAGAGGAUUUAACUUUUCAAUAAAGUCCAACGAAGCGAAUUUUUUAUUUUCCGGAUCAAGUUCGAUUGAAUCUGACGAACUUUUGCCUACAAAUCCCUUUAUAUUCGGAGAGGGGGUCCAACCAGAAUAUACAAAGACCUCGAAAAAGGAGAAGAAAGAAGGGAAAUUGAGUAGUUUGCCAAAGUGGUUCAAAGGAGACGAUAUAAAAAGCGAUUCAUCAGAGCCAUCUAUUGCACCACCUGUAAAAGCACACAGUGAAAGUAGUGUAAAUGGAAAUGGAAUUACACCUCCUGAUACCCCAAAACGUUCUCAAAGUCCCCGUGGACUGAUAUCGUCUCCAAAGUUAUCCAGUAGAAGUUCCAGUCCAGUUGCUGUUCCAGGACACUCCAACGUUCUACCUGAAAGUAGUGGUAGUAUACAAAUGUGUGGUUCAACGAAAAGUAUGGCAAUAUCACCAUUAGUAAGCGGCACUGGAUAUGAAACAAGUACGAGAAGAGGUUCUAAUCAAUCAGAUACCAGUGCAAUGGUAAGUAGUAUACCACGCGACAUUUCACAGUCACCAAGUCAAGCUACUCAACAGAGAGAAACGUCACCCACUCCUAGCAGUAGCUCCCUGCACACUAGAUCAGGCUCAAGUCCAUCUCACAUGACAAAUUCAAGGGAUUACUCUGACAUGGACCAGAGUCCAAAAAAGUUAACGCAAACUGGAACACAAACAUCUCCCGAAAGUGGCAAUACCAUUCCAAUCAAAUCGAAUUUUUCUAUCGGGGCCAUGGGAAAAGAUGAAAAGGUGUCUCCGAAGCUGGCCAGAAAGGAUAGAAACAUAGCUAAAAUCCGACCGAAGAGAGCUAUAUCUCCUGCGAAUUUGCAACAACUUCCUGCUGGGACUAAAUUAAACUAUGGAUACGAAAAUGUGAAGCAAGCUAUGAGUCCUUCUGUAGCAGAAUCUUUAAGAGCAGUGUUUGCUGCUUUCUUGUGGCACGAAGGAAUUGUACAUGAUGCAAUGGCCUGCGCGUCGUUCUUAAAAUUUCAUCCGACCUUACCGAAACAAGGCGCUCUCGUGGUAACACGUCCAGAUAUUCCAAUCGAUAAAAGACAAAAGGAAUUAAGCAAGGAAGAGAAAGCCAGACAAAGGCACUCCGUCGAAGUAAGCAACGCCGGAACUUACUUGCAUAUCCAGCCAUCCACGCUGGAGUCACUAACCAGAUCAGCAGCGAACGCAAGUGCCAAUAGAAAUCGCAAAAAAAUCAACGAAGACGUUAUAAAAGAAGGGGAAAAGUAUCCUACUGACGGCUACGGAUAUCAAACUAUCUCAGUUUUACCACCAGCACUUAAGGCGCUAGUGUACUUAUGGGAAGAACUGACCACGAAUUGUUUAAAAGCCAUGACACAACAGAUUGCUUCGAGUAGUCCUUGUAAUGUUAAAGAAAAGAAAGAUAAUAAAACUGAAAGAGAGAAGAACAUUCAUUUGGAAAGAGAAAUUAAAAAGUAUAGAAAAAAGAAAAUACCUCCUAGAAACUAUUUAGAAGAUUUAGGUGGUUUAUCCAGCUAUCUUCAGUCAUCAGGCGUCGAAACGUUGUGCGAAUUGUGUAGUGAUAGCUUCCCACAUCCAGUAACAUAUCACAUGCACCAAAUGCAUCCUGGUUGUGGACAGCAUGCUGGAGGAAAAGGAUACAAUUCCGGUGGAAGUUAUUGUCUUGGUUGGGCUGGAAAUUGUGGCGAUGGAGGAAUACCUGGCAGUUCUUGGUACCUUUUAUGUGAAAAUUGUCGUGAAAAAUAUAUGAAACUAGGAAAAUCCGGUAAACAAACAAAUUUUCGCCACAGAUCGGCAACAAGUAAAAAGAACAUUCCAUGUAAAUCAUUUACCCUCCCUAUCGUAUCAUCAAGCCUGGAGCCACACAUUAUUAUGAAAAACAACGCCAUGUUUCUACUAGACUUGGCCAGUUCAGCGGAAACGACGAUGACACAUCAGCGAAGACCUUCCUCGAGUAUUAUGCCUUCUGUUUCUGAAAAUAUCUCUCCUCCAGAGUGUUGUGGACCUUUCAGACCUCCACCUUCAUUUCAGUGCCUGAAUUCUUUUGGAGCAAACUUUAUUUCAAUGGAUGAACCAGCAUUCUAUAAUGAGAUGUUGCAUAAACAUGAGUGUCCAGAUGGUUUUGGACAAGGACCGUCCACAUCAGGCCAAAGGCCACUUUCUGAAAUAUCUAUUAGCGACGAUUUGGAUAUUACUAAAGGAAUGAGAUUCCACCGUUCAGUAUCAAUGGGAACUAAUGGGAUUCCUUGGUCAAAAUCUGGUUACGAUGGAAGAAUUAUUAUGAUGAGAAAAAGAAACAACAGUAGUUGCGAAAUUGCUAGUGAAGGAGGCUCUUCGCUUCUCUGUAAUCCUUCAUACGCCCUUCAGAAAUUAAUUCCAAAAAGAGACAAUCCAGUUUCAGCAAUUGUGAGAACUGACACAAACAACGAAGUUGACAACGAAGGUUUAGCCUUAUUAGAACGACCAGUACUGCAGUUUUUAUUGCAACAACAUGAUUUAGAAUCUCUUCAUCUGUCUAUGAAACAGGCAUUACGAAAAGCCAUGUGCAGAGUAUAUGCCAUGCAAGCAUUAAAUUGGUUACUAAGAUCAGUGACACAGCCUAUAUGUCUGCACGAUCUUUUGUGGUGGUUUGUCACCUCAUUGACGCCUGUUGAAAUAGAAACAGAACCUGAAGAUGAUAACCAUUUACCUAGAAGGGAAGAUGAAUUGGAACUCAAUAUCUGUGAACACCCUUUAUCGGAUAUUACCAUUGCUGGGGAAGCUGUGCAUCCAUUACCUAGUAUCUUCCACGCUCUUCUACAAACUAUCGCCGAUUUGAUGGUAUUGCUGCCAAUGAGCUCAGCUUUGCAACAAAUCGCAGUCAGAUGUUGGGGUAUACGGUUUGCUACAUCGGACCAUUCGUUCCUCCAUAGAUCUCAAGUAUUUAGUAAUAUAAGCAAAAUCUUGUCAAGAAGCGAAGAGAUGGAAGAUUUUACAGUGUCCAUGCACGAAAGUCACCAAAGCGCAAUAUACCAGGUUACAUCAGUGGUCGAAUGUUUAAAAGAUUUGACAUCCACAUUAGAAAUCAAGGCAUCCAGUAGACAAGCGAUGGUUGGUAGUUUGACUGACAAUUCCACUGAAACUUUCUGGGAGUCUGGAGAUGAAGAUAGAAACAAAACGAAAAGUUUGACCAUUAUAUGUCCUCAGGGCCAUCAUCCAGUUUUAAUAUGCGUACAUAUCGACAAUUGCAGAGACUUAGGUAAUAAAAUAUCAUCUAUAACUUUUUAUUCUGGACAACAUACCGACGAACUCGUUAAAUUGAGAACAGUGGAGGUCGAAACUAGAUUAUUGGGUGGGUGGGUGAGUUGCCCACUUACAGACUUUUCUAACAAUGUUCUAAGACUAGAACUAAAGGGUCCAGAUAACUCAGUAAGAGUUCGACAAAUCCGCGUUCUUGGCAAUAUAGAAGGAGAAUCCCUCAAAGUUGGAAAACAAUACACUGCCAGUACCCUUCAGCAAAAAUACUGCGAGGCAGAAACCCUAAGGGUCUUCAGGUUAAUUACUUCUCAAGUAUUCGGCAAAUUAUUACAAGGUGAAGACGGUCAAAGUAUCACUAAUGGAGAGUUACCGAAUGGCUCUGGUUCUGUUAGCGAGAAUGUUGAUCCUAACGAAGAAAGUAACGAGUUGAGAGAACAUGUUGUAGGAAUUUUGUUCAGUAGAAGUAAAUUGACUCAUCUACAGAAGCAAGUUAUUGUUCACAUUGUUCAAGCGAUACGCAAAGAAACAGAAAGAGUUCACGAGGAAUGGGAAUCCAAUCUAUGUACCUCUUCAGGCUUUUCAAACCAGAGUCAAGAAGGUACCAAAAAUUCGGAUACCUACUGCUUCGAAAUGUUGUCAAUGGUAUUAGCUCUGUCAGGGAGUUCUGUAGGCAGAAAUUAUUUAUCUCAUCAGACAGAUUUGUUGGGAGAUAUUCUAACUUUACUUCAUACUGGAAGUGCCAGGGUGCAACGUCAGGUUACAUCAUUGCUACGAAGAAUAUUGCCAGAGAUCACUCCAGAGGCUUUCGGCAAAGUUGUGGGUGUUAGAAAGUUACCCGCUAGAGAUUUUAGCAUAGUGUCAGUUGUUAACAAGGAAUCCAUUACCAACAGUUUUGAUGUUAACCAGCUCGGCAUACUUGACGUAUUCUUGAGUGUAAUCGCAAAAGCAUUAACACUCCAGGUUAAAAUAAGAGGAAAGACAGGCAACAGCGGAACCCCAAAAGAAAUUACAACAGUUACUUUGGCUACUUCUAUCCAACCAAGAGACAUAUUGGGCGUACGAUGGUGGCUGAGAGGAUCUGUCAAUAAAAAGUUGUCUGAGGUUAUCAUAAAUCUAAUCAAGGAUAUGGCUGGAGGAAAAAUGUCAGAGUGUUGGGCUAAUAUAACCAAAGGAGCAAUUGCUGAAAACAUACUUCACUUAACUUAUCUCUCCGAAGAACAAAGAAUACCAUCUUCUUGUUUGCGAACACCAACAUUAUGGCUGGCUUUGGCAUCGCUAUGUGUUUUGGAUGAAGAUCAUGUAGAACGCUUGACAUCUGGUCAGUGGAACCAACCAGAAGGACAAUCUAUUCAGCCUAGGCCAACCUGCUGCAACCACGAUGAUGGAGAAACUGUCGCAGUUAUCCAAUGCAGUCAUUGUGGAAAUUUGUGCGCAGAUUGUGACAGAUAUUUACAUUUACAUAGGAAAACUAGACAUCACCAAAGACAGGUUUGCAAAGAAGAAGAAGAAGCCAUCAAAGUCGAACUGCAUGAAGGUUGUGGAAGAACAAAAUUAUUCUGGUUAUUAGCAUUAGCUGAUCCAAGAACACUAAAAGCUUUAAUAGAAUUUAGAGAAGGAGGAACUAGGACUAAAGCAGUAGGCAUGAGCGGAGUUUGUAGAUUUUGUGGAACAUCCGGUAAUUCUGGACUUCUGGCUAUUGGAAAUGUUUGUGCUGAUCAUGAGUGCCAGGAAUAUGGACGAACUGCCUGCAGUAAAAUUUUGAAUUGUGGUCAUAUGUGUGGAGGAGUUAUAGGUGAAUCCAAAUGUUUACCGUGUUUACAUGGUUGCUCUGGAGAUAGUAAUUUAAGGCAAGACUCCGAUGAUAUGUGUAUGGUUUGUUUUACAGAGGCAUUAUCUUGCGCUCCGGCUAUUCAGCUUGGAUGUGGUCAUGUAUUCCAUUUACACUGUUGUAAAACUGUUUUGAUGAAACGAUGGGCAGGUCCUAGAAUAACGUUUUCAUUUAUACUGUGUCCCAUUUGUAAAGAGGAAAUAAAACAUGAGACAUUGAAUGAUAUUUUAACACCUAUUUUGGAUUUGUUCAAAGACGUCCGUCGAAAAGCUCUAAUGAGAUUGGAAUACGAAGGAUUACAUACUGUUGAAGCUGUUGUAACACCGGGUGCCAGAUUCUACAGCGAUCCAGCUUCUUAUGCAAUGGACAGAUACGCCUAUUAUGUCUGUUAUAAAUGUAAAAAGGCAUAUUAUGGUGGAGAAGCCCGGUGUGAUGCAGAGAUGGGUGAAAACUAUGAUCCGAAGGAACUAGUAUGUGGAGCCUGUUCUGAUGUAGCUAGAGCUCAGAUGUGUCCAAAACACGGAACCGAUUUCUUAGAAUACAAAUGCCGAUAUUGUUGUUCAGUCGCUGUAUUCUUCUGUUUUGGAACAACUCACUUCUGUAAUCCGUGCCAUGAUGAUUUUCAGAGGGUAACAAAUUUACCAAAGAACGAGUUACCUUUGUGUCCAGCUGGUCCCAGAGCCAAACAACUAGAUGGAGAUGAGUGUCCUCUGCACGUAAAACAUCCUUCCACUGGCGAAGAAUUUGCUUUGGGUUGCGGAGUAUGCAGAAAUGCACAUACUUUUUAAAUUUAUAUAAAUAUAUAUAUAUAUUGCAUGUUAAAAGUUAGGAAAAAAUAAUGUUUACGAACAAUUUAAAGAGAUUAUUCAUUAUUUAGUUGAGUUAUUAUGAAUUAUUAAUUGGCCAUAGGACACAUACUUGUCUUACUCUCUAUGGUUAAGUAUUUCUGCGGUUAGGCCGCUUUUCAGUCUUACUGACGGCACUUGUCUGUAGGGCUUCCAAUCCCGGAAUACCGAGAUCUCGGAAUUGCGGGAUCCCGCGUCAUUUUCCAAUCCCGCAUGGUGCGGAAUUAAAGGCGCGGGAUCCGCGGGAUUUGCGGGACUAAAAAAAGCGUACAUUCGACCUCUCGCCAGAGCUUGCGCCUGGUGAUUUUUGUGAAUUUUGAUGCUUUAGUAAAUCUAAAAAAUAUCUUGAAGCCGGUAAAACUUGCUGUCGAACUCCUUUGCCGUUAUUGCGAUUAUUACUGCUGAAGUUAUGCUCAAAUUUAUGAUCAAGAAACAGGAAAAUAAUCAUUCAACGUUAGCUUCAGAAUUAACUUUGUCUUUGCGCCGACGCGCGACGUAUUUUACAACAACGUAGAAAUGUGAUUGCACUACCGAUUUAUCACGCGUCGUGUGACGAAGAGGCUGAUCAAGUAAAAAACGUCAAUGUAGAGGUUCCGUCAUGGGGUUUCGAGCUUGAUCUUACAUUGCAACAGGAGUUAGAGUUAGCUUUAUCGUCAGCAUGUAAUGUACUGUACCCGUCGCCAUAUUGACAUAUUGAGUCCAUUAUAAAAAAGAAAUGACUCUAUGAAUCUGGGGGGUCAAUGGGAAAAUAUCUUACAUUUACAUAUAAAGCCUUAAAGGGAAUACCGCCGACAAGUGUGGAAGCCGAAAGGGCAUUUUCUGCUGCUGGCUAUAUUGCCUCUAAAAUACGCAGUAAAUUGGCAGACGACAGUUUAGAUAUGUUCCUUUUCAUUCACAAACAUUUUCAAUUGAAAGCUUUAGCUAAAUAAUAGAAUAACUAAGUAAUAUAGCAACUAAAUAAGUAAAGUAAACUGUGUCAAUUUACAGUUGAAAAUAUGUUUUUUGUUGCUUUUUAAAACUUGGUGUAUUUUUUGAAGAAGAUAGGUUUUUUGUUUUUUCAGUAGCUUUUUUGUUACUGUUUUUUGUGAAUAAUAAACGGUGUAAUUUAAUUGAUCUCAUACUAAUAGUAAUACUUAAAUAAAUGUGGAGUUAGUUGAUUAA